AUCGAUCCUACUAACUCUUCGAUCCCAUGGACGCCAACGAUGAGUCGCCGACGCCGCCGCCGCCGCCGCACCGGAGAGUGUGGGUCAGGGAACGGUCCUGUGAUUGGUGGGACCGCCACAACUCCCCGGAGCUCCCGGAGGCAGAGUUCCGGCGCGCUUUCCGCAUGUCCCGCGCCACCUUCGACUUCCUCUGCGACGCCCUCGGCUCCGCCGUCGCGAAGGAGGACACGGCGCUCCGCGCCGCCAUCCCGGUCCGCCAGCGAGUCGCCGUGUGCGUGUGGCGCCUCGCCACCGGCGAGUCGCUCCGCCUCGUCUCGCGCCGCUUCGGCCUCGGCAUCUCCACCUGCCACAAGCUCGUCGUCGAAGUGUGCACCGCCAUCCGCGUGGUGCUGAUGCAGGGGAUGCUAGCGUGGCCCGACCCGGCGCGCGGGGCGGAGGCCGUGGGAAGGUUCGAGACGAUUUCCGGAGGGAUCUCCGGCGUCGUGGGGUCGAUGUACACCACCCACAUCCCCGUGACGGCGCCGCGGGAGAACGCGGCCGCCUACUUCAACCGCCGCCUCACGGAACGGAACCAGAGGACGAGCUACACCGUGACGCUGCAGGGAGUGGUGGACCCCGACGGCAUCUUCACCGACGUAUUCAUCGGGUGGCCGGGAUCAAUGGCCGACGAACAGGUGCUGGAGAAUUCGGCGCUGUACCAGCGCGGGAACGGAGGGAUGCUCGGCGGCGCCUACUGGAUCGUAGGCGGCGCAAGCUACCCGCUUCUUGAUUGGCUGCUGGUGCCGUACGUCCAGGGGAACCUGACGUGGGUCCAGCACACGUUCAACGAGAGGGCCGCGGCGAUGACUGCGGUGGCGAGGGAGGCGUUCCGGCGGCUGAAGGGGCGGUGGGGGUGCCUUCGGCAGAGGACGGAGGUGAAGCUGCAGGACCUGCCGCUGGUGAUCGGCGCCUGCUGCGUGCUGCACAACCUGUGCGAGAUGACGCGGGAGGAGAUGGGGGAGGAGCUGCUCGGGUUCCCGCUGGAGGACUACGAUAUGCUGAGCGUGAGCGGCGUCAGGUCCGCCGGCGCAGCGCAGGCGAGAGAUGCAAUUGCUCACAGCCUCUUCCAUGGAACAGCUCCGCCGUAAGCUCUAUCUAUUGAAAGUACGAUCGGCAGUCGGCACGGUUUGAUUUGUUUUGUAAUUUACGUGCUAAAUUUUUUUUUGUGGGUCGAAUAAUUUAUGUACUUUUUUUUAGCACGUAUAAUUCUUAAUAAUGCCACGGUCAAUCUUUUGACUCGUCCCAGCGCCCUCAUCAAUUUGUCCCUAGAUCAACAUGGGGGAAGUUAUGCUCGGUCACACCGAGUUUCGACCCCAAGACCUCAUGUGACAAUACCUUAUGUCUUAACCAUCGCACCGCUCCGAAGGGACGAUUGUAAUGAUGAUUCAACCACAAUUGAUAAUGAUCCCUCUUAAAAUUCAUCAUCUUCCUAUGUUAUAAUUUGUGUUAGGAAGAGUAGUCGGAGGCCGUUUGAAGUCUACCUCUCGGCGCCAUUACAAAAAGUUGUGAACUUGAUUGUAAUGAUGUUAUUAUGACUAGAUUGUAAUGAUGAUUCAGCCAUGAUUAAUUAUUUAUAUUUUUUUAAAAUCAUCAUUUCCUUAUGUUAUAGUUUAGAUUAGAAAGAGUAGUCGAAGGUCGCCUGAAGGCUACCUCACUGGCGACGAGCAACCUGAUCACUUGUCCUUCAUCGUCAGACUUUGGACAACUUCCGGCCACCCAUCUUUGAUCUAAACUAUAACUGAGGGAUGAUAAAUCUAAGGAGAUAUUAUAAUCAAUUGUGACUAGAUUACCAUUAUGAUAUAACCCUAAUUCCAUAUAAUCUAUCCUCUAGUUAAAAUGAACAAAGAGAUCGGAUCUUCCAGCGCCAUUAAAAAAAAAAGUUGUGAACUUGCCACUUGGCGCAAGCCCAAGUGUGAUUCUGACUAAGCACGAUUUUAGCAGCUGGGCCGUGGCCCGGCAGAUGGGCCAUUGGAUGCUUGAUAUAGAAGGCUCCGCAGGCAAGCUGCUCGCUCUCCGUCGUUCGUCACUUUAAAUUCUGAUUAGGGGCUAGGGUUCAUCGUCUCGCAACAUCGGAUGGGAACCAAGCAUACCAGCCGCGGCCCUAGGCGGCGGAGUAGCGUCUCCGCCGUACGAGACUUUCCGAAGGGAUGUGGCCCGUCCGUUGAUCACCCUCCUACGUCCUCCAAUCCCGAGCCGUCCUCCCCGAACGACGUCCCGGAGGUGGAGGCCGUACCGCGACCUCCGGGCACCGAUGAGACGGAGGCCACUGCUUCUGGGGAUCGAUCGACACAUGAAAGUUACGAUUUUGACCGGCGGAGGAACCUCGCGUCGCCAAUACGACGCUUCCCUGUUGGCUCUGGACGUGAUGCUAACCCUAGUAAUCCAAAUGUGAAAAGGGGAAAGGAUGACGUGCUCGGCGUCAACAAGCAAAGCCAGGACGGCGCACU